GGGAAAUCCAGGCGCGCGCUAGUCGCCCCCCUGUUCCGAGGUCACGCCGCCCAGGCAAGUGCCCCUCGCCCUCAGGCAGCACGAGCAGCCUUGCUCUUCCAUACUGGCAGCUCACCGGUCCCCAUUGUCCUACCCCAACGCCACCUACCCAGAAUCUGCCUCCGACACCUCUUAUCUGCUCAGACACCAUCACUGCCAUCACCGGAAACUAACGUGUCAACCGCGCCCCCAAGUCCUUUAGGCAUCGGACGGCCUCCCCGGCUCCAUUGUAGAAUGCCAAGAACCCAAACCGCUGUACCAAAGGGAUGGGACGGACAUGCCAUUUACCUCCAUGCCCUUUCAUAUUCAAAGAAGCUCUCCCGUGAGAAGCUCAUGACAAUCGUAUUCCCGAAAUCCCAUCUGGGCCCCAAUGUACCAGUUUACAAACCUAGUGGACCAUACACCAAUGUCAAGAUUACCCCAGUUACAGACUCUGCUCAUCCAGCGUUUGGGCAACAUGCUCUCUGUGCUAACCAGCAGCUCCCCCCAGACUCGUUCAUCCUGCCAUAUCUAGGCUAUGUUCACGAUCAGAAUGAUACCAAUGAAACAUCCGACUACGACCUCUCACUAGACCGAGAACUAGGUAUCGGCGUCGAUGCGUCCAUGAUGGGCAACGAAGCCCGCUUCAUCAACGACUACCGAGGAGUCUCAUCCGAACCCAAUGCCGAGUUUCGCGACAUACAUGUGGACUGCGGAAACGGCAAGGUGGAGAAGCGAGUCGGCGUGUUCGUCCUCAGUGCUGGCAAAAGUGGAAAGAGGGCAAAGGGCAUCGCCCGUGGCCAGGAAAUUCUCAUCAGCUAUGGCAAAGGUUUCUGGUCGGAGCGACAGGCAACUGAAGAGUGACGCUCGCGUACGUCUUUUUGAGACUCUCGAAAUUACUACAUCAGUUGUUCUACUCCCAUCGAACCAAGCCUUAGUUUUGGACGUAAAGCAUCCUAUCAGCCUAAACACGCCUAUGCCGAGAGACACGUACACCUGGAAGUGAUGGGCUUUGAAAUCUGCAGGUGCUGCCAAAUUGGAUGCCCCUCUAAACGAAAAGCCAGGAUUUCCAUGCAGGUUCCCUGAUUGCAUCGCCACGUACCACUUAGAUUGCAGGGCAUUCCUUUACAGACCUCAUUGUCUAUGUGUGACCCGACGUGGCGUUUUCAUGUGACGUGCGGGACGUUGCAUCAGCGAAGGAUUUGGACCUUCAUCUAGAAGCCUCGUCCAUGAUCACAACCC